AGAAAUGAUAUUUAAUAAUUUCCGAGUUAUACAAAUUUUAUAGUAUGUAGUGUGAUACUUAAAUUAUGGGUCUUGGUAGAAGGUGGUUAUAUGGAAGAUAAUUAUCCUAGAAGUGUAAUAGAGGAUGCUGAAUUGGACACGGCCCAACUGAUACAUAAAUACAAGUAUCCGGUGGAAACCCAUUAUGUAACAACUAAAGAUAAAUACAUUUUAAGAGUACAUCGCAUACCGAAACCUAAUGCACCUCCCGUGUUUUUAAUGCAUGGUUUGGAAGACAGUUCCGCUACAUGGAUCUUAAUGGGUCCUCAUAAAGCACCAGCCUAUUUCUUAUCGGAUAAUGGUUACGAUGUUUGGUUGGGUAAUGCUAGAGGAAAUCGUUAUUCCCGCAACCAUACCACCCUCGAUCCAGAUACUGAUAGAGAUUUUUGGAAAUUUACUUGGAAUGAAAUUGGUUAUUACGAUUUAGCCGCUAUGAUAGAUUAUGUUUUGGCACAAACAGGUUAUAAGAAAACUGGUUAUUUUGGACAUUCACAGGGCACUACAUCAUUUUGGGUUUUAUGCUCGUUGCGUCCAGAGUAUAAUGAGAAAAUAACUAUGAUGCAUGCCUUGGCACCAGUGGCUUAUAUGAAACAUGUUAAAUCACCUUUAUUGGGAAUGACCAUGAAUUUUGUUCAGGCCUCUAAGGAGCAUUUAACAGACUUUGUUCCGCGCAACGAAAUGUUUUAUAAAAUGUGUCUAACUUCAAAACUAGCUGAGGAUACUUGUUUAGAUGUUUUUUUUAAGGUCUUGGGUAAAGAUGUAAAACAAACUAAUAUGACCAUGUUACCUGCGAUUUUUGGUCAUGUGCCUGCUGGCUGUAAUAUCAAGCAAGUUGAACAUUAUUUGCAAUUGGUAAAGAGUGAUAGAUUUUGUAAAUAUGAUUAUGGUCCCCAAGAGAAUAUGAAACACUAUGGCCAAACAAGUCCGCCGGAAUAUCCACUGAAAAAGAUUACCGUUCCGGUGGGUCUGUAUUAUACACAUAAUGAUUCUUCCAGUGUUGUGGAUGUUAAACGUUUGGCCCGUAUGCUGCCAAAUGUUGUGGAAAAUUCUCUUUAUCCCUAUAAGAAAUGGAAUCAUAUGACUAUGUUGUGGGGCAUCGAUGCCAGAGAAUUGGCGCAUAAGCGUAUGUUGGAAGUAAUGAAAAAUUAUCCAUAUGAAUGAGUUGUAGUUUUUUGUUUUGAAUGCUGUUAGAUAUAUUAAUAAAAACCAUAGU